CGUAUUAUUUUCAGAAAUAUCCAACAUUUCGAUUGGAAAGUAACGACUCUACGAACUUUUUCGUGUUCGCAAUGUGUUCGAAACUUUUACACCCUGUCAUUUUACAAAAAAAUACGGGCGUGAAUUGUAUCACUCUCAUACAGAUUGUUUCAUUUUGGUUGAAAUUGUCCAAUAAUUACACUAUUUUCACCAACUACUCGUAAUACCCUGGCAAAAAACACUGACACUUAAUCUAUUUGUUUUUAUAAGUUAUUCAAAAAACAAAUGAAUGAAUACUGGUAUACAGUAACAAUCGAUUUUCCCAAAUCUUUCUGGACUUUAUUUUACCAUGGCCGACUGUCAUGCGUCGACCAAAUGUUUUGCUCUUACUAAAUGCGUGUACUUGACAGGUAAUUCAUCUUAUUCAUGUGCAAGUUUAUUCUACUCUCAGACUCUAUAAACCUUAAAUUGAUCUGUCUGUUGGUCAGUCUGAAACUAGUCUCCAUUUAAUCUUAGUAAGUUUCACUAAUACCAAAGAUGAAUUUUAAGCGCAAAAUCCCGAAGAUGCGACAAAAUUUUCUUCAUUUCCAAAUGAAUGUUGGCUGCAACCUCCAGGAUAGCUUGUCUCUGAUUAAAAGACCAAGAAAUCGUCAGAGCAAGAAGACCAAAACUGGAGUGAAUCAACCAAUUGCUAAUUCUUCUUUGAGUUCCACACAAGAAACACAAAGUGGAAUGUCAACAUUAUGUAUGAUAGAGGAUGUUGGUCUUGAUGCUGGUUUUAGUACUGAUUCAGAUUCAUCUAUUGAAGAAACGCGGGAUGCCUGUUCUGUUAUGCCGACUGAAAAUGUUAUACUACCAGACAUCAUCAUCAAUAAACCAGACUCUAGUCCAGCGCAAAAUAAUCUAGAAGAUACCCUUCAUUUUAACAUAAAGAAUUCAACAAUGAAUCAAAGUGCUACAGAAGCUGGUAUAGAAGAUAUUGAAAUGCAGGAUUUGUCUCCUAUAAAAUCUAAAGAUAACAAAAAAAAUAAAAGAAUUAAAUUACUUGACGUUGGUGACCAACUUUUAUCACGUGCUUCCCUUCUAUGUGAGAAAUCAUCUGUUUCAGAAUCACAUUCAACUGGUAACACACCCAGGCAUAUCAAAAAGGUGAUGAAUAAAUUGAGAGCCAUUGGGAAAAAGAAAAGUUUUGAUGUUUCAACUGUUGCUAUUGAAAAUACCGAUAUUAAUCAGAAUUCAAUUGAAACGUCAAAACUAAAUGAAAAUUCACUUGAAGAAAAUGACGAAGACCCAGACGAAUGGUCUCCUACUAAGAUGCCCAGAAAACCCUUUGGAACAAGAAAUUGGCUGAGAGACGAUAAAUCACCAUCGAAGUAUCUAAGCCAUGAUAUUAUUCCUGCAUGGAAAAAGGCGAUAUCAAAACCCCAACAUGUGCCUGUCCAUACGUCAUUUCGGACAAGUAGUCCAUCUCCUUACAAUGUGGCAUCCAGUAAUCCCUCAAGAGAGAAUAAAGCUAUGUUUCAGAUAUCUUCAAUUCGAGAAUGUGAUUCUGAUGUUAGUAUUCACCUCAACUUUGAAUCGUUACCAAAACAUACAAUCAACAGUGAUGAAAUCGCUCCCUUUUCAUCAUUGAAUUUGUCAGCGGAACAUUUUGUGGAAAAAAGCAUUAUUCAGAAUGAUGACAUACCUGAACUGAAGGAACCUCCGACCAUUGAAUUAUCUAAGCAGUUUUACAAUGAUCAGAAUGAUGUUGAAUAUCUUCACGAAAAUGCAAAUGCUUCCAACACAAAGCAAGCCAAUGAAGAAGAAAUAGAUGAAGAUACACCAGUGCAAUCGCCAGCACCAUGUUUAUCUAAGACCCCAGAUUACCAGGAAAAGAAUAAAACACCUUCACAGAAUAAUCUAGCUCAAGCUUGUAAGAUUCCAUUGGAUAUUAUUUCUCAAUUGCCUUCACCAGAAUUCAUAUUCAAACGUACUAAUAGAAAGGCACCAAGCUGCAGUAACAUUCCAUUUGAUGAAAUGGGUUAUCUCUAAUUUCGAGGAACAUUUCAUAAGUUUCAUUUUGAGCAUAUCAAAUGUAUUAAAAAGUUGUUGAUACAUGUUUUCAAGAUUGGUGUACAAAUGUGUGCCAUAAAAUGCCACGAAAUGUCAAAAUUGAAUGGCCAUGAAAAUAACCUCAAUUAUUUGUCACCCUGUUCUACAAAACAAAAUUUGUUUUAUUCGGUUGAAAUUCCAGAUUGACUCAAAACAAAAAUAUAGAUUGCUUAGCGUGUCUAUCGCUAUUAGUAGUAUUUCUAAUACAGUAUGUAUAUUUCCAUUUAUUUUUUCUACUUACGUCCAUAUUGUAUUGCAUAUUUAACACUGUGUAUGAAAGUUUCAAUGAAACUUGUAGAAUCUGUCAUCAUAGAUCCGGAAGAUUUAUAUUGCUAAUAUGACUAUUGUUUGAAAAAAAUGAAAGAUAAACACAGCUAAUAACAUCCAUUUUUUGUCAUCUUCAUUCUGUUUUGUUGAUGAAUAUCGAAAUUUAUAAGUUCUAUAUUUUUUUUUAAAUUCAAAAUACACCCCAAUUUAUUCAAAUGCUAAAAGUAACAAAUAAGUGCACAAACAGCGCAUUCUGAAUACUUCGCUGUUUAUCUGUGAAAGAACAAUCAAAACUAGUAGUUAUCAAUCGAUUCAAAUCAAAUAUUUGUACCAGAAUUACUUUUUUAAAUAAGAACAGAGAAUAGUACGCAAGCACAUACUUUUUUUUCUAUUUUUCAUGAAUGGCUACCGUUGGAAACAAAGACUGAGGUAUUUUCAGUUGAAAUAGAAAUCAAUCGAUUUCAACUAAAUAAUUAUGAUGGUAAUACCGUGUUUCCCCGAAAAUAAGACCUGGCCUGACUGUUACAAAUGAUUUUAAUAUGAGCCCUCUCAAAAUUUUUGACCGAGUCGAUAGCAAGAAUUCUCUCCUACACAUUUUAAAUGAUUGAUAAUUAAUCUAUGUUUUGCAGUUAUUUUGAAUAAAGACGUGGUAUUUAUAAGGAAAUGAAUAUCGGUUGCAUAUUUUGUGUAUUUGAAAAUCUCGUAAUUCUCUUAUUUGUAAUUUUGUUUUUGAUAAAUGAAAAUAUAAGACAUCCCUCAAAAAUAAGCCCUAGUGUUAUUUUUCGGAAGAAAAUUGAAAUAAGACACAGUCUUAUUUUUGGGGAAACACGGUAUAUGAAAGAACAGGAAAUACACAUCUGCCAAACAUUGUCUGAUUGAUUCUAUGUUAAACUUUAUUCUUUUGGAGCAAAUAUAAGUCUUUGUUCCGCACCCAACGCUCGUGGAGUAGUUUAAUUUUUUUUUUUUUAAUUUUCAACUUUGAAUGUGCAAAAAAGAGUGAUUUGACACAUCAAUUUCUAUUAUUGCGAUUUCUACUUGAUGCAAUGUAACAAUUUUCAGGGAUAUAAUCAAAUAAUCAUAUUUUUGUCGUUGCAAUAGUGAAGCGUGAGGCGUCCAACUUUGACUUGUGUGCUUAUCCUGUAACACACGUCAUUUUACGCUUCAUUAUUUCGGAGCUCCGGUAGUAUGUGCACCAAGAUGGCGCACAACCUAAACAUAGUAUGUGUACCAGGUUAGGUUCAGGUUGUGCGCCAUCUUGGUGCACAUACUACCGGAGCGCAAUUUUUUCUGCCAAGUAAAUAUUGUUUCACGUAAUAGCAUAAAUUUAAUGUUUGUUUACUGUUGUUGUUUUUUCGAAUAAUUUGCUACCCAUCUACAAUAUGAAAUAUUUAUUGUUCAGUUAAAUGCAUUUCCAUCGUAUUUAGUUUAUUUUUCAAGAUUGUUGUUCAUUAGACAGACGUUAAACCAGUUUUGGUCCACCAUCCACUCAACCACCGUAUUUAUUAUUAAAAUAUAAUCAUAUAUGAUUUAUUACACACUGUCGUCAUAUUUUAUGGCGAGUACAAUAAUUAGACGGAGCUCGUCGACGCAUACUGUAUACUAUAUAUAUGAUAUGUACGCUGUUUGUUAUUUGAAUAAAAAAAAGUUCGCUGUGAAAA